AUGAAUGAUACUUAUUCUCUUCUUUAAGCUUCAAUAACACAAGACCAAGAUAAAAAUUCUACGUUGGAAACAAUGAGAAAUGAGAACAUGAACUUUGUUGAGUAAUCUUAAUAAGAUAGUCUAUAGCUUAAAUGAUGUGAUUGUGGAGUACUACAAAAAUUAGUAGUUUAUUAUAAUAUGGCAAUAGAUAAGCAACAGGAUUGGAUCAUUACUUUUUAGAAAUUGAAUCUUGGUUGGAUGAUGAUGAUAAUGAUGAAACACUUCUUACUAAUAAUACACCUUUAAUUCUUGAAUCAGAACAUGGAAUAGGAAAGAAAACAUUAUUAGUUAAAUGGAUGGAAUAUCAUAUCAUAAAUAAAAAAGGAGUAAUAUUAUCUUCAUUAUAGCGUCAUCCUGAUAUCAUUAUUCCACAUUUUGCUAUUCACUCUUAAAACAAUAGCAAUUAUUAUUAUGCCAUCUAUAGAAUUCUAAUCAAAUUAAGAUAAGCACUCAAUAUUAAAUUGAAAGUAGAAUUGUUAGAAGAAAAAUUAAGAACAUAUUUUCAAUAUUGGUUAGAAAUUUGUAGUAGACAAUUAAAAUAAUAAAUUAUUAAUGGAUCUCCAAUUGUUUAUGAUAGAGUAUCCUUUUACUUAUAUUUUGUAGAUUAUUCUAAUUUUUGAAGGCAUUGAUAAUUUUAGAGAUAUUUUAGAUAUGCAUAAAGAAGUUAAUGUCAACUUUUGGUUGCCAAAAUACUUUCCAUCAAAUAUCAAGGUGAUUGUAACUGCUAAUAAAUAAUCAACUUCUAUCAAACUUUUAAAACCUGAUUGUUAUGAAGUUCCUAUUGAAUCUGAUAAAACAGUCUUCAAACAAAUUGUUAAUCAUCAUCUGGCUAAAAAUCUAUUUAUUCAAGUAUAUUUUACUUUUCUAAUAAGAAUAUAAACCAUCUUUUAGAUAUAUUCAUAUAAUUCGGUUAUAAACUUAGAAAUCAACCAGUCUUUGUUAAAUCUUACUUUUCAGUUUUUAUACCUUAUCCUUCUGAAGGAAUUGUAGAAUAAAAUGAAAUCGAUUUAAAUCUUAUUGAAGAUAUACUUACUCCACUCAAUUAUAAUCAUUUUGAAUCUAUGAAGGUAGUUGAAGAUUUAUAUGCCUUCUAAUUAGACUAUUUUUCUAAAGUCAAUAUUAUGGAAAUUGAUAAAUUCAAAAAAGUUCUAUUAGUCUUGGCUCUCACAUAAAAAGGAUUAACUUAUUCAGAAAUUGAAAAUGUUUGUAACAUUACCAUUAAAGAAUGGAAAUUAUUCUUAGUAUUCUUUAAAGUUUAUCUUAUGAUACAUCAUGAAUUGUGGAUAAUCCAUAAUGAAAUCUUUAAAAAAGUUAUCAUCAAUACAUACUAUAUUGAUGAUAAGGUAAUGUUAUAACUUCAUGAUAUUAUAGCUUCUACUAUAGACUAGAUUACUCCAAACUCUAUUAGAAAAUUAGAAGAAUAGACCUUCCAAUUGUUUAGUGCUAAAAAUUAUUUUUAAUUAAAAGAAAUAAUAAGCAUCAUCGAAAAUUUUUUACUUCUUUUUAAUCCUUCUAAUGAAUAUGAUCUAUGCAAAUAUUGGUAAUUACUUGAAGAGAAUGGAUACGAUCCAGUUUUAGAGUAUAAUAAAGCAGUAGAAGAUUUUCAAAUUAAUUAUCAUCCUUCAUCCGAAGAUAUGUUUAGGAUAAUUAUAUAGAUUUCUAGAUUUCUAAAAGAAUUCGGUGAUUUUGGGACAAAUAAUACUCCUAUCUUUAGACAUCCUCCAAUUGUUGGUGUUUUAAGUGAUCUACAUGAAAUAGGAUUAUUGAAUGAAAUACUUAAACUAGAAAUAUAUUAUGAUAAAGCACCAGAACUUAAAGAGUUUGAUCCAGUUAAACAUUUAAAACGUAUUGCUAAACCAUAAACUGCACCAACAUUAUCAAAAAUUGAAUCACUCAAUGUAGAAAUACAGUAAAAUAGAUAAGCAAUCAGAGCCCAUUAUCUUUCAUUAAUCUCUAAACCUAAGGAACAAACUGAAAAUGUUGAAAUAAUCUCUGGUAGUGUAGAUUAAUUGGCUGAAGAACUUAAUCAAAAAUUAAAAUAAGUUAUUUAACUAAAAGGAGAUAGUCUUUCUUAAGAUUUAUUGUAAUAAAAUUAAAGAGAAUCUACAGAUUAUUAUUAUAAGAGAUGGAUUUGGAUAUAAUUUCCAUGGGCCUGUAUUAGUAUUGAUAAAAAUUGUAAUUACUCUACAGUUAUUAAGUAAUUUAUCUCUUUAGAUUACAUCAGUGUUGAUGAGGAAAAAGCUUUCACAGAGUCUGCAUUCAAAAUUGCAAUUGAAGCCUAAAAUAAACGAAAGCAAAUGUAGGAAUAAAAAUAAAAAUAAUAAACAAAUUUACAAUUGAUUCCAUAACUUCCCAUUUAAUUAUAAAAAAAUUAAGAAGCAGCCCCCAAACAACAGAAAAGAGAAUAAAUGCAAUACAGUGUUAUUGUAAGUUAACGCUUGAAUAAACCUCCAGCUGUUAUCUUACCUUAAUUAUCUAAUAGGAGUGCUAUUAUUAAUUAAUAAGAUAUUCCAAAUGACAAUCAACAAAAUCAUUUGAAGUUUAUAGCUUCAGAUUUUAUUGAUUCUAAUUAUCUUAAUAAAGAAUUAUAAAAAAUAAAAUAAACUUAACCUAUUGUACCAAAUGAUGGCAAAUAAACUAUGCUAUUAAUUGAUAAAUCGAAAAAAUAAAAAAAUAAUUUCAGAUAAUACUCUGUUUCUUCUGAGUCUUAUCAAAUAAAUGAAAUAUAUCCAGUCAUUUAGGAAAAUCUUUUAUAACAUUCUACAGCAUAAUUAAAUUUGCUUUAGCAUCAAGCAAAAAUUAUGAGAUCGAAAUUGGAUUCCAUUAAUUUUUAAAAUUUUUAACUUGCUUAAACUUAUAAAUUAUUAAAGAUUAUGGAUUUCAAUAAAGGACAUCUAUAAAAAUGUAUACAUAAUUUGGAAGAUUUAAAAUCUUUAGUAAAUGAUCUUUAAUAAUUAAUUUUGAAAGCAGAGAAAAACUUAAAAAAUUCUUGUCAAACUAAAAGUAGGUUUAAGAAAAUCUUAAAAAUUUGUAGGGAUAAUAAAUAAUCAAACGAAGAAUAUUUUAGACAUUUCAAUAUUUUAACAAGAAAUUUUGUUAAAUUAAUUAAAUAUGAAGAACUCGAAAUUUAACAAAAUCGUGAAAAUAUUCAAUUAACUAAAAGAUAAUUUGACGAAUUUUUAAAAAUUUAUCUAGAAAAAAAACAAAAUUAAAAAAAAUUAUUGUUUCAAAUAAGAAAUAAUUUAAAUGAAAAAUAAAAUUUCGAUAAACUAUUUCAAAUUAGUGAUUAAGAGAUAACUUAAAAAGAAACUACAUCUAUAUACAAAAUGAGAAAAAAAUUAAGUAAAAAGGAGGGUGAUAAAAAAAAUAAAAAAAAUAAGGAAGCAAAAGAGACAGAAGAAAAAUUACAGAGAGAACUAUUAAUGAGGCUAAAAGAAUAAUAUAAAAAAAUUAAAGAUGUAUUUGAUAUUAAAAACAACGAUUAUAAUUUGAAAAAAGAGUUUAUUGAUUUUAUGGCAUAAAAAGAAAGAAAAAAUGAAUAUGAAAUUAAAUUGUCAGAAUGUAAAAAAAAGUUAAGCAAAGUUUUGGAUUUAAAUCAAAAAUUGAAUGAAUAAGUUAAAACUUAUGAGAAUGCUUAUUAAUCUCUUAAUAUUAAUUAAAAUGAAAUAAAUUAAGACGGUAUUUUAAAUAUUUAUAUAGGUUUUUCUUAAGAAACAAAGCAAGCUCGAAAUAUUUAAAUGCAAGAACUACAACUUUAAAAACUUAUAGUUUUGUAGGAAAGAUUUGCAAGUUCCUUAGAUCUACUUUAAAAAAAGAGUGGAGCAAAAAAGGAAGAUGAAGUAAUUUAUAAUUAAAAUUAUUACAAGAUUAUUAGUAUUUUGGAGGAGUGUAGACAAAUUAUAAUAAAAAAUUAAGGUUAGACAGAUUAUUAAAAUAUACUAAAUUAAAAGUAUGACAUUCAAUAAUGUUAUUUUCUUAAAAGAUAAUAAAUUAAUAGUGAAAAUGUCGGUGACAAUUGA